UCUGUGACUGCACCUCAACGCAGCCAUCUAACCCGCUAAUCUUUGCGAUGCAGCCGAUCGUCCGUAUGAUCACCAGCCAGCUACUGCUGACCUCGGUGCGCAUCUUUGCUGGUGCGUCACCGGAGUGCGCACUGCCGUGCUCCGCAGCGGCGUCGGGAUGCAAUCACCCGUCGCUCGUCAACAGUCGGCACGGGAUGACCGUGCCGCCAGGGGAGCAGUGGCUACCGGAACCCAAAGCGUUGUGGACGGCCACAUCAUCAUCGACAUCAACAGCUUCGCCGCAUAUAAAAGCGCAUCCGCCGCCGGCACCACCCCGUGGGCUCUCUGAUUGCACCUCAACGCAGCCAUCUAACCCGCUAAUCUUUGCGAUGCAGACGAUCGUCCGUAUGAUCACCAGCCAGCUACUGCUGACCUCGGUGCGCAUCUUUGAUGGUGCGUCACCGGAGUGCGCACUGCCGUGCCCCGCAGCGGCGUCGGGAUGCUACCACCCGUCACUCGUCAACAGUCGGCCCGGGAUGACCGUGCCGCCAGGGGAGCAGUGGCUACCGGAACCCAAAGCAUUGUGGACGGCCACACCAUCAUCGACAUCAACAGCUUCGCCGCAUAUAAAAGCGUACCCGCCGCCGGCACCGCCUCGUGGGCUCUGUGACUGCACCUCAACGCAGCCAUGUAACCCGCUAAUCUUUGCGAUGCAGGUUAAUAAAUCCUACACGCUGUUUGCAAAAAAAUCUAGCAAUUACGUCUUGGUGCAGUUCCCGAGCCCACGGUGCUUUCUCGCCAUUGCCGCCGAAUGUGUUUCCGUUAUUCAUUCUUUGCCGAUGUUAUCAGGAGAUGUUGAAACUAACCCUGGCCCUAGCGGAAACGAUGCCGUGUUGACAGAACUUCAGAAAAUAGCCGCAGGCCAAUCCAAAGUAAUUACCGAAGUAGUACAGAGCCUCAAAUCUCAGCUAAACACUACUGAUAGAACAAUAACGGAUUUAUGCAAACGAAUGACCGACCUAGAGGCACACUACCAGGCCCUUAUUCCUCUCCGAAACGACAUCGAAAAGAUGCCGGCAGACACAAGCAGCAUGUCUCGCAAGAUCGAGGAACUAGAAGACCGCCUAGACGACACGGAAAACCGAUCACGUCGCAAUAACCUUAUCUUUUAUGGCAUCUCUGACCCUACUGACAGCGAAACAUGGAACGAUUCCGAAAAACUAAUAAUCGAUUUCUGCAGUAAUAAUCUAGGAAUAACCGUAGGACCUCAUGACUUCGAAAGAGCUCAUCCCCUCGGUCGUCAUUCGCUCGGUAGAAAUCGUCCCAUAAUCGUGAAAUUCGCGUGUUACAAAACAAAGGAUUCGAUCCUACGUAAUGGCCGGAAAUUAAGAAAUACUAACCUUAGCAUUGGCGAGGACUUUUCGCUCUCCGUUCGACACGAGCAGAAACAAUUAAUUGCAUUUGCCAAGGCUAAAUCUGUUAAGUUCUCCAUGCGGUAUAAAACCCUGCACAUCGGUCCGAAACGUUAUGUUUUUGAUAAGUUGUCUAGCACAGUUAAAGAAAUCGCAUAGCAAUCGUCCUGUCACCAUGUACCUACAAACCGGCAACACGCGGCACUUCCCAAACCCCUCUCAUUUUCCGUGAUAUUUACUAACAUCUGCAGUUUCCUUCCAAAGCGCGAACUGUUAUCGAACGUAGUUUCGUCAUACGGGAGCAAUAUACUGGUACUAGCUGAAACUUGGCUCAACGAUAACGUUUCAGACGCUGAAAUCCUGACUGACUUACCUGAUUUCCGCGUGUAUCGUAGCGACGGAAAGUGUACUCGAGGGGGUGGUGUUCUGGUCGCA